AUGCCACGCUCAUCCGCUGCGGGCAGGAAGAACCAGAGCAAUCGACAUGACAAUGGCCUCGUCGGGCCCGGCAAGAAAGUAACCAAGCAAAAGUCUAGUGGUCAACUCAACGGUUCCCCCGGCGGUGGCAACGCGAUUAGCUCGGGCGUCUCGUCGACACCUUUCGAGCUUUCCUCGUCUCGUUCAACAAGCGACUCUGCAAUUACUUCGUCGAUCACCACCUCCGCCUCCGGUACAGAUGGAAUCAAGUUGAAUGGCAAUGGACACGGACUCGUGAGCGGAUCCAAAGCCCCGGACAUGGCAUGCACCGAAGCGAAUGGCGCCACGCCGCCCCCCAGCGGCGCGGCAGGCUCAGCUUCUCGAGGGAUAUUGAAACGGUCAGGCUCCAGCUCAUCCAUCAAUCCGCUGCAACUCGCGUCGACCAUCCUCAAAUCGUGCCCCAUGUACGACACCAUCGCCAUCCUGAUCUUCCUGUUGCAACUGCCCCCGAUGGUGUUGACCUGUGUGCAAUUCUUGUUCGCCUCCCUGACUUUUAUGCCUCCGAGUGGAGGCGCCGCCGGUUCUCUGUCCUCCAACUUCGACAUCUUCCAAGGCCCCGCGGGCACGCCUUCUAUGGGUACCAUGAUUGCGAUGGAUGGAUUCUGUCUGCUCUUCUGGGGUCUUUUCAUGUGGACUUGGGCUCAAAAUUUCGCCAUUGAUCUUGCUCACGUGCAGGUCGCCAUCACGCUAGGUGGCGGCGGCUCCGGCAAAAACGGUGGGGUGAAUGCGUUCUGCGUGGGCAUUGUCCUACUGCUUCAUAUCGUCCGCAGUAAAGGGAUCCAAGAUUUCGUCACCGCGCAUUUGAUCUCCGCCAAACUCGUCAGCCCUGAUUUUCUCUCGCAUUACACAAAUAUCCUGCCCGCUGAGUUCCGCCGAUCCGAGACUCAAUCGUCACCUAGCUGGUUGCGCAGUCUGCUUGCGGUUCACAUCCUCGCCCAAGCUGGUACCGCCAUGGCCAGGCGUGCAAUGGCCAAGAAUCGGUCGCCAGCACCGGCACGGACGGGAAAACGUGGGGACACCGAAGCCUCCGCCGGCUCACAGGGCCAGGCGGAUUCCGCUCUCGAGUCCGCUGCAAGCCUGUCGUCCUCAUUUUUGGGGCCCGAUGGCCAGUUGGUGAAAGACGGGAAAGAUCGAUUGACGUCCGCUAAAAAGCGUAGGAGACAAGCUAAUCAGGUUCGAAGUCGUCAGCCAUUCUGGUCAGCUCUUGCCAGUAUCAAAGUGACGGUCAUGCGGGAGUAUGAAAAUUCGCGCGUCUUGUCCAAAACCGCACGUGGGUUGACGGAAGACGACUCGCAACCGUCCUCUCUCGACGAAGGGUUGGUCUGGAUUACGGAUGUGGACAGUUCCUCCAUCAAGUUUGCCGCCGGAGACCUUGGCGAUGCGACUGGUGAUGCGAGUCCGAAGAACCUCGAAGUGGAGCCGUUUUAUGUCUGUGUCAACGGGGCCUUGUGGGCCACGGCCACGAUCGGGCAGGUGACUGAGUCGUCCAAGGGAUCUGGUCUUGUACAUUGGAAGGGCGAGAUCUCCGGUCUUGCCCCCAAUUGUGCUUACACCUGCUCUUUUGUGCGAAGCGAUACGAACGAGGAAAUAUGUGCCAUGAGUGUCAAGACACCCGGUACGACCGACAUGGAACAAGUGACUUCCGUCCCAACACCACCUCAGCCAACGUAUCGACCCUCAUCUCCGACGACCACGCUGAAGAAUUCCGUCAUCAAUGCCGAAGCCAAGUUAAACGAGAAGCGUUCUCGGCUGAAGAAGGCGAAGAACGAUCACAAAGUCACUAUUUCGAAAAUCCGAAAGGAAUUGGACAGUUAUACCCAUCGACUUCAAAGUGGAACCGACGAGAACCGACAAAAGCAACGUUCGCUGCAACUCGAGCGCAAUAUUCGGCAGACCGAGGAAGCCACCGCAGUGCUGGAGGGCCAACUGGACAGCAUGGAGAAUGUGCCGGAAGAGGAACUGGAGGAAUGGGCUCAGCGCAAGGCCGAGUUUGAUCGCGAACUGGAGCUGUUGAACAAGAUGAAGGAAGAGGUCGCCGAAGCCCGCCUUGCCUCGGCCCAGGAAGUAGCAGCCCUGGAGCAGGAGCUCAACCUGGUCGUUCAGAAGCGGGAGCGUCUUCAAAGCCGUCGUCUUCGGGUCAACGAACAGUACGAUCGCAUCAUCUCUGCCAACGCCCAGGGGUUGAAUGAGCGAGAGCGUCGUGCCGCAGAGCAGUUUGCCCGUGAGCAAGAUCAUGCGAAGAUGGAGGCCAAUUUCCACGAGCAGUUUGCAAGCAUCAGCCAAGCGGUCCAAGACUUUCAACUGCGGACCAGCCAACUCUGGCAGCAAGCUUCGGCCAUUGAGCAAGCCAUUCAGCAGCAGCAGCAACAGAUGCUCUUGGAUUCCGGUCCUCUGACGCCUGAGGGUAAUCUGCCGGGGACGAACCCGAUCCUGGAGCCCUCGACAACCUCCGCGCCCUCGGCCCGCGCCUUGCUGGGCCUGACUUUCCCGCCGCUCAAGUCCAGCCCGCUGCAGAAUUCGUCCUCUCCAGACCAUGCGUCCUCGUCGCAUCCGGCGAGUCCAAUUCAGGAGUGCUAUUCUGGGCCCCAUUUCCCCACCACUUCUCCGCCCGUCAACGGAGGCUCCUCUUUCUUCGGCACCGAUCUGAACCACCGACACCGCUCUUUCUCCAAUCGCUCUGCGCGUAGUAGCCAGUAUGGGUCAGAUUUCUUUGAAGCGCAUCGCCUUCCGGCCCUGCAAGUUGAGCUGUCUGAUAUCUUUGCGGACAAGCAACAGCGCUUCGGUGCGGACGGGACCGGAUUCCUUCAGCACGGCGGUCGACCCGUUUUUAGUCCUCAUCAGCGGGCAGCGAGUCGCGUGAGCGGAGCUGGUAGCGGUAGCGGCAGUGGUAGUGGAGGCAGUGGCAGUGGAAGUGGUAGCCCUCGAUCGACGCGGGAGUAA